CCCCAGCCGCCCUCGCUGGGGAACACCUAUAUCCUCCCCAAAGACAGCCAGGUCGGGCCCGACGUGAAAUCUGAGGCUGCGCCCAAGCGCGCUCUGUACGAGUCGGUGUUCGGGUCUGGGGAUAUCUGCGGCCCCUCUUCCCCCAAAAGACUUUGUAUUCGCCCCUCGGAGCCUGUGGAUGCGGUGGUGGUGGUUUCCGUGAAACACGACCCCCUGCCUCUUCUUCCAGAAGCCAAUGGGCACAGAAGCACCAAUUCUCCCACAGUAGUUUCACCUGCUAUUGUUUCCCCCACCCAGGACAGUCGGCCCAAUAUGUCAAGACCUCUGAUCACUAGAUCUCCUGCAUCUCCACUGAACAACCAAGGCAUUCCUACUCCAGCACAGCUCACAAAAUCCAAUGCGCCCGUCCACAUUGAUGUGGGCGGCCACAUGUACACCAGCAGCCUGGCCACCCUCACCAAAUACCCCGAAUCAAGAAUCGGAAGACUUUUUGAUGGCACAGAGCCCAUUGUUUUGGACAGUCUCAAACAGCAUUAUUUCAUUGACAGAGAUGGACAGAUGUUCAGAUAUAUCUUGAAUUUUCUACGAACAUCAAAACUCCUCAUUCCUGAUGAUUUCAAGGACUACACUUUGUUAUAUGAAGAGGCAAAAUAUUUUCAGCUUCAGCCCAUGUUGUUGGAGAUGGAAAGAUGGAAGCAGGACAGAGAAACUGGUCGCUUUUCAAGGCCCUGCGAGUGCCUAGUGGUGCGUGUCGCCCCAGACCUCGGAGAAAGGAUCACGCUCAGCGGUGACAAAUCCUUGAUAGAAGAAGUGUUUCCAGAGAUCGGCGAUGUGAUGUGUAACUCUGUCAAUGCAGGCUGGAAUCAUGACUCGACACACGUCAUUAGGUUUCCACUGAAUGGCUACUGUCACCUCAACUCGGUCCAGGUCCUCGAGAGGUUGCAGCAGAGAGGAUUUGAAAUCGUGGCCUCCUGUGGAGGAGGAGUGGACUCGUCCCAGUUCAGCGAGUACGUCCUGCGGCGGGAACUGAGGCGGACGCCCCGCGGGCCCUCUGUCAUCCGGAUAAAGCAAGAGCCUCUGGACUAA